CCAUGUAAACAAAGGGAUGAUGGGAAAUGAAGGUGGGUUUACAACAGCCCAGCCCUCAACUCCGAGGGAAAUUUCUAAUGAACCCCUGUCGCAUUGCAGAAACUUUGUCCUAAAAACAACACCAUUUUUUUAUGUUGACUUAAAAAAAAUACUUAAUCGUAAUUUAAAGAGGUCUGGUAAAGCGAUUGGAUUGGGACUUUAAUGGCAAAUAUUAACUACAACUCACCCUCCUGCGCGGUAGGUGGCGGUAAUGCGCCUCAAACGUUGGAUGCCGUACGCCAAUUCGAUCGAAAGAAGAACUGGAACAUCUUCCGUGCCACGUCCUACGACAGAGGCGGAAGUAGUAGCGAUGACACCCCCGGCGUUGCUCUGAACGAUGUAGCUCUGCCUCAUUCAUACAUCGCCGCAGCUCUCCGCUGUUCACCACCCUCCAGGAACUCAGCUGGACCGGCUCCUGUGUGCUGCUUUCACCGAGAUUGUGGAAUGCUGCUGGACGAGACUCCACUUUUUGAGCCCUCUCUGCUCCAGGAGAUAGACUGGAGCAACAACACCGUCACCUUCUCUCCGCCCAUCUCGCCGUCCAGCCCGGGAGAAGGUCUGGUGCUCAGGCCACUGUGCAUGGCCGAUUUUAACAGAGGUUUCUUCAAAGUUUUAUCCCAGCUCACCAAGACCGGUGAUGUCACACCGGAGCAGUUUGCCAAGAAAUUCGAACACAUGAAGUCGACCGGGGACUACUAUGUGAUUGUGGUUGAAGACACAAAUAUGGGACAGAUUGUCGCCACGGCCACGCUGAUCACUGAACACAAAUUCAUCCACUCCUGCGCAAAGAGGGGCAGGGUGGAGGAGGUCGUUGUGAGUGACAUGUGCAGAGGGAAGCAGUUGGGAAAGUUGUUAGUCACUGCUCUCACCCUUCUCAGCAAAAAGCUCAACUGCUAUAAAGUGACCCUGGAAUGUGCUCCCAAGAAUGUGGCUUUUUACCAGAAGUUUGGCUACGCCGCCUCAGACGAGACGUACAUGCAGUGCAGGUUCUUUGACUGAUGCAGCUUUAAGCCUUUUUUUUUUUUUUGGCGGGCAUGGACCAUUCAAAUAGAUCCAACAACACUUGGAGGCAACGGAUCCUUGAAAACAUUUUCGAUUUUCAGGGUAAACAUGUUUAAUUUAGUCUCGGUGGCAGACUUUCUUUAGAUUAUCAAUGACUCAUUUCCUGUCUUAAUUUUUUUGUUACAUUGAAACAUGUUCUGUACUAUGUGAAAGGAGAGAUUGAUUCCCAUGCAGCUGUAACAUAAUGUGGGAAAUGAAGAGCCGAAUAUCAGACACUACAAAGCAAAAUGAAGUACAGGCACUUUU